AUGCCAGCAACUGUGUCCAGUGACAAACAAGCGUCUGGUGGGAUGAUUAUUGGUUAUGAAUGUCGUUUUCGAAUUUUGCCACAUUUGAUUGGUCUCGCUAUUGGGCAUCGUGGUGCAACUAUUCAAGAAGCUCGAGGAAUCCCUGGAGUUCGUACGGUGGAUCUUCUUUUUGAUGGCAUAGUCCAUGUAGAAGCUGAGACUAUUGAAGCAUGUCACGCAGUGAGAAAUCUUUUGGAUUUCACUGAAGUUGAGAUUCCAGUCCAACCACGAUUAGCAAGCAGACUGAUCGGAUCAAAAGGCAUGAAUAUUCGCAAAUUAGCAGAAGCUGCAGGUGUUCGGCGAGCUAAGCUACUUGAUCCUUUCGCUAGAAGACGCAGACUAAUGGCUCAACGUCAAAGUCAUUGUCCAGUACGUGUUGACUUGGAACGUGGAGGUUCUGUAACAGAUGGCGAUGCUCAUGAAGAUACAUCAAACGGUGAAGAAACUGACAACGGGAACGAAAAGCUUUCUGUCAAUCUGGAUGGUUAUUUGAAUGAUGACAAGAACUCCGGUAGUAUCGUCGACUUAUCCCCUGCUUUCUCUCUUGUUGGUACACGUUCAUCUGUUGCGAAAAUGCGUCUACUACUUGAAUUCCAAGCAGAUAAUUGGAAUGAACUAGAUGAAUUAGAAGAAGCCCGAAGAUCGUUGUUCAGUCAGUUGCGUCAAACCAAUCAACUCAAUCACCAAUCGGAUUCUGUAUCACCUACUCGCAUUUCGAAUGGCAGGCCUAGUAGAGGUGGUGGGAAUUUCGGGUUUGUAUUUAUUUUAAAAAAUUUUGUAAUUUAAUCUAUAUUUUAAGUUUCUUCUGGUUUAUGACCGAACUUCAUGAAUAAUGGUAUUCUUUAUUUCCAUACUUUGAUUCCAAUCAAAUAUUUAUUCUCGUGGCUGUAUUUCGUCUUUAUUAGCUUAGUAGAAGAUUGUACUUUCAUAGAUUAUACAGACUCAUAUUUUUUAUAUUUGACAAUCCUGUCAGUUGCACUUUUGAAUAGUGAACCCCCUUAAAAUCCAGUUAUUUUUAUUACUUUUUCAAUCUAUAAUGUACACUUUUCUCAG